UGAACCUUGUAGCCCCUUUUUGUCUCUCAUUGGACUCGUCAUUUUAUUAGGCCAGCAGUAGCAGUUGUAUGUAGCUGCGAUUUAUUUUAUGUUAGCUUAGGUGAGUUUUCCAGGUGUUUCCCCUGUCUCCUAAUGCACGAAUAAUUACCCAUUUGGAAAUAAAUCAAUAUCAAACCUCUCUCUAAUUCAUAACGGUCUACGCGAAGCAGCGAUUGAAAGCACAUGAAAAAUGAGCCGAGAAACGCUAUCCAGAGGCUACACGCUGGAUUUCCAUCCAUUUGAGGAGCAUGGGGGGAGCGCGAUAAGAAAAUUCAGCCGGAAACGUUCGAGCCAGCGUCUGCCUUUUUAUGCAGCGGCUAAGAAUAGCACGGAUACUAUCAUCACACUUUUAAAUAGUUAUAAUUGAACUUCCGUCUGUGUCUGCCCGGUGCGUGCGUGCGUGCGUGCGUGCGAGCGCACGCGCCUGUUGUUUUCUGCUAUCUCUGCGUGGGUAGUGUACAACCUAGCACACAAAAGCCUCGAAGAACAAACGCCAAGUGCAGCGGCUUGAAGGUUUGGACGCGGGGCAACGCGCGUUUAGGGCAAAGCUAGCAAAACAAACCGACUGAAGCCACCGCGUGAAAGAGCGCGCGAGCUCAUUUUUGGUAAAUUCGAGGCGCGAGCGUCGCGCUUUUGCUGUUUAUUGGAAUUUGGCAGCAUUCCCUUAAAAUGAAAAAAGGAGACAAGAAACGUGUUGGAUGUCGACAGGGAAGGGAACAAUUAUCGGAAUGAGGUUGACCGUGUUCGCCCUUGCCGAAGCCUGCAGGUUGCAAUAACCAUAUGGCCCAUGUGUUGGCCCCGUAGCCGCGCAGUCCCCUAUUGGACAAACGAACCCCGUUGGCUUCUCCACCCUGUGUGUCCUGUCAGUCCACUGGUUCACUAGUUCACCGUGUCAAUCCACCCUGCUCCGCGCAAGCAGCGAGAGGCGAGCAGACAGCUUGAGGCUAGAGGUGGAAUCUUUCGCCUGCUGGUGAGUGGUGCUCCAGAGCAGACACACGCCAAGACCUGGAGCCCGGGGUUCGGCCGAAGAAAAAAAAACGAGCUCCCGGAGCAUUGGGCUCGUGGACGCCUAAGCGGAGCGCGCGCGCAUUAGCGGUUCCCAGCGCGCCUAUAAACGCUUUGAUCCACAAAGCAGCCUCGUUUUGUUUUACGCAAACGUUUAAAUCGAUAAGGAAGCUGUAAAACGUUACCUUCUCGCAUCGAGCGACCCGUUUAUAUACACCUAUAAAACAAUCCUUGCACGGCGGUCAAUCGGCUCCGUCGUUUUGCAUAAAUAUUCCAAAAACAAAGACCCGUCUUCGGCGGAGAGAUCGGGAGGAAUGCUGGAUGUCAGUUCCUCCUCGUUAUCAAGAAGUUGUAUCCUUGCAUAAAAUCUAGAAGUGAUAAAGGACAAUAUCUCGGUCAGCUUCCAAGAGGCCAUUGGAAAGAGACCGUCACGUGACAUCUAGUGCCAAUGUUCUUCCAGAAGGUCGUCAGGACCCUGGUAGCCGGUAACUCGAUUUUUGGAAAUGCAGAAAACGACCUACUACGACAACUCGACACUUUUCGGAGGAUACUCGUACCAGGGGGCAAACGGUUUUGGCUAUGAUGCCCCGGCACCGGCCUUCCAGAACUCAGCGCAUCUUGAGGGUGACUACCAAAGGUCUGCAUGCUCCCUACAGUCGCUCGGCACCAGCGCACCCCCACAGCCUCAGCAUGCCAAGACGAAAGAGCUUAACGGCAGCUGCAUGCGGCCCAGUCUGCCACCUGAACACCACCCACCCCCCCAGGUCUCCCCUCCUCAGAACGCUGUAAACGUUGCUGCCUCAAACGCCACCCAGCAGCCGGGCGGCAGCGGUGGCGGUGGGGCCGGCAGUGGGGGCACGGCCAAAUCGUCAUCCAAGUCGUCCUCUCUGGCCCCAAACCCAGCUCUCACGAAGCAAAUCUUUCCUUGGAUGAAGGAGUCACGUCAGAACACCAAGCAAAAAAACAGCUCCCCUAGUGCAAGCUCAGCUAACGCGGAGAGCAGCGGUGGUGAGAAAAGCCCUCCGGGUUCUGCAGCUUCCAAGAGAGCACGCACCGCUUACACCAGCGCUCAGCUGGUGGAGCUGGAGAAGGAGUUUCACUUCAACCGAUACCUGUGCCGGCCGAGGCGCGUGGAGAUGGCCAACCUGCUCAAUCUUAGCGAGCGGCAGAUCAAGAUUUGGUUCCAGAACAGGCGGAUGAAGUACAAGAAGGAUCAAAAGUCGAAAGGCAUCGGCUCGUCCUCAGGGGGGCCGUCCCCCACGGGAAGCCCACCUCUCCCGAUGCAGUCCUCUGCCGGUUUCAUGAACUCUAUGCACUCGAUGGGCAGUUACGACGCUCCCUCCCCGCCAUCUUUUAACAAGCCCCAUCAAAAUGCAUACGCCAUGUCCACAGCCUAUCAGAACCCAAUGAAAGGUUGCCCACCCCAACAGAAGUAUGGAAACACCGCACCGGAUUAUGACCCGCACGGGCUACAGGGUAACAGCGGCACCUACGGGACUCCAAACAUGCAGGGUAGCCCCGUGUAUGUGGGAGGCAGCUAUGUCGACGCCAUGCCUGCCACUGGGCCUUCUAUGUAUGGCCUCAAUCACCUACCACACCACCAGUCGGCAAGCAUGGACUACAACGGUGCCGCACAGAUGCCGGCGAACCAGCACCACGGACCGUGUGACCCACAUCCGACGUACACGGAUCUGUCCGCGCACCAUCCUUCUCAGGGUAGAAUCCAAGAAGCACCCAAGUUGACUCAUCUGUAGCAGGUUUGGACAAAACAAACAAAAAAAAGAAACGAAAAAAUACAAAAACGGGAAAAAGAUAGAAAAAAAAACGAAAGGAUGACAAGACGAAACAGACUAACCCAUGGGGCGAUGCAAUGGGGUUGAAAAAGAUGAUCCAGUGGUUUCUUGCCAUGACUAGAGCACCGGUUUGUGUCAAUGUCCUCCUUCCAUUCACACCCCAAUUUAGCACCCAUAGGUCUAAAAACCCCUUUAAAACCACACGCUUCACGAACAGUGGCUAGUUGUAUGCCAAGGAAUAGACUGUCUAGCUGUAUGACCUCAUCACAUCAUCCUAAAUGUUUUGUGUACUUCUUCAGGCAUUGUCGCUGCGUUCCUCACGCUUCGGAGGGCGGUACGGUAUAGCUUACGUUUAAACUUACCGGUGCAAGAAAACCACUGGAUUGUUUUCGUCCACCACCCUUAUUUCACAUACCUCUUUUUUUAAAAAAAAAAGUCUCUCUCAAAAAAAAAAAACACCAGUCGAUUUUUUUAUUAACUCGUUCCCAAAACAGACUGGCACCUUGUCUUUAGCGAGACACGGCGAUCAAGACGUUCAUCUCUUUUGAGUCUGUUUUACACUACGCUACCUAUCACUAUUAAUGAGGAGCGAAUGCAGUUUUGCUAUGGCUUUGACACAGGGUAAAAAAAAAGGAAGAGUUGAGAAUGCUAGUAAAUUAAAGUUUCAUUCCCUCGUUCUCAACUCGCCCCUCCCUCCUUCCCUCCUCCUCCCCGCUCCUUCCCCGCUUCUUUAUCUCUACCAGUCUUUGGGUUCGCCUGCAUUAGUCCAAACUAAUAUGAAAGGCCCACAUUUUCUCAUAUCUUGACUUAACGUGGAAACAGGGUAUAUUUGAACAAAAAUGCAUGUCCGGGAAACCAAGCUACGGCGCAGACGUCUUCGUUUACGCCUAACGCGCUCUCGUCUGGGCAUCAUUGUUGCACUUAGAGUUUACAUUUAAUGGGUGAGGAAGAAAAGCAAAUCUUAUUUUGAAUCGGAAGACCUUCAAUCAGCGUCUUUCGCUAAGUGUGUUCAAGUGAACAUUCAUAAAUAUAUAUUUAUUUGUUAUAGCCAGUUUAAAUACUUUCUUUUUUGUAUUAUUUAUCCCCAUGUAUUUAUAUCGAUAAAAAAUGUACUUUUUUAGUAUCUACCUGUUAUAAAAAAAAGACGCUGUGUUCUUGUCAUUGUAACAAAUUAAUUUUUAGUUCUUGUAUUUUAGAGAUAUGUAGGUUUAUGUUACCCUUGUAUAAAUAAUGUCUUGACUUGUACAGGGGGCGCAAGGACGGAAUCAAACCGUUCCCGCAUAGUCGAGAUUUAGACGAAAUAUAGCGAAACAUUUUGAGAACUUCAUUUGUCCUUUGUAACUACUUUUAUUUCCUUGUUAAGAGUUGGUUGUUGAACGAUUCUUUAAUAAAAUGUUAUGUUAUUCA